UUGUGCAUGCAUAGACCCAAGUUAUAUUUAGAGAUCAGGAGAUGGUUGAGAUCUAAUAUGAGAUUCUAUGUAGCCAAGAGACAUAUUGCUAUGAGGGCAAAUUCAGAUAUAUAGACAUAAGCACAAUCACAUGUAGAAAUCGUCCAACUCAGACAUAGUCGUAUAGCCUCUCUCUGACAAACCCUACCACGUUCACUCAUCCCCUCGUAAGUGUUGCAUUUAUAAUCCUCAUCUGGUAUAGCUUUCAUACUCUCCCUCUCCCUCCUUCCCCUCUCUCAUUGGGAGUCAAGUCUCCAAUGGAGUUUGUUGUCUUCCUGAUCCUAUAUGCUCUCCCAGUCCUUUGGCUUCUCCUUACGCUAAAGAAGCGAAUCGAGGAGAGGAACGACAAGGAAUGUUACAUCCUAGACUACGAAUGUUACAAGCCGACCGACGAUAGGAUGCUCGACACACGGUUCUGCGGGGAGGUCAUCAAGAGGACCGAAAACCUUGGCCUUCUGGAGUACAAGUUCCUCCUUAAGGCCAUUGUGAGCUCCGGUAUCGGGGAGCAGACCUAUGCGCCGAGGAUCAUGUUCGAGGGCCGGGAGAACACCCCGACUUUGGAUGACGGGAUCUUGGAGAUGGAGGAGUUCUUUUACGAUAGCAUCACCAAGCUCCUCGACAGGUCAGGCGUCUCCCCUUCCCAGAUCGAUGUUCUCGUCGUGAACGUGUCAAUGCUCGCCUGUGUCCCUUCGCUCUCCUCCAGGAUCGUUAACCGCUACAAGAUGAGGCCCGACAUCAAAUCAUUUAACCUCACCGGGAUGGGGUGCAGCGCGAGCCUGAUCUCAGUUGAUAUAGUGAAGAAUGUGUUCAAGUGGUAUAAGAAUAUGUAUGCCCUUGUGAUUACAUCCGAGUCCUUGAGCCCAAACUGGUACUCAGGGAACGACAGAUCGAUGAUACUAGCUAACUGCCUGUUCCGGUCGGGUGGAUGCGCGAUGCUGCUGACCAACAACCAGGCCCUGAGGAACCGAGCAAUGUUCAGGCUCAAGUGCCUGGUGAGGACCCACCAUGGUGCGAGGAAUGAGUCUUAUGGUUGUUGCAUACAGCGGGAGGAUAACCUUGGAAAUCCAGGGUUUCACCUCGGGAAGGACCUGCCGAAGGCCGCCACGAGGGCGUUUGUGGACAACCUUAAGGAGAUCGCCCCAAAGAUAAUCCCCGUGAGGGAACUCCUCCGGUUCGCACUGGUCUUCCUCAUCCGGAAGAUGAGACAGCGGUACAGCAAAGGGGGAGCAACCGGGCCCAGGCCAGUUGUGAACUUCAAGACUGGGGUCGAGCACUUCUGCAUUCACACGGGCGGGAAGGCCGUCAUUGAUGGGAUCGGACACAACCUCGAGCUGAGCGAGUACGAUUUGGAGCCUGCCAGGAUGACUCUGCACCGGUUCGGGAACACGUCGGCCAGCAGCUUAUGGUAUGUGCUCGCGUACAUGGAGGCCAAGAAGAGGCUCAAGAAGGGCGACCGGGUUCUGAUGAUCAGCUUCGGCGCCGGGUUCAAGUGCAAUAGCUGCGUGUGGGAGGUGGUAAGGGACCUGGAAAAUCCCAACGUGUGGAAAGAUUGCAUUGAUAGGUAUCCACCAAACUCUCUUACCAAUCCUUUCAUGGAGAAGUACGGUUGGAUCAACGACGAAGACCCGGAAACAUUCGUUGUCCCUGACGAAAUCCCUUGAAUUACUCAGUUAAUUUCCUCAUUCUAUCUCUGCUGAAUUUAAUUUUGAGUGAGAUCACGACAGGAAAUUGAUUAUUUUUAUUUGCAUUUCACACAACUUAAUUUCUUAUUAUCCUUACAUUAUUCAGUUCCAUUGUUGAAUCCCAUCCAGUGGGAUUUCUGCCCAAUAAGAUUUGCUGCCUUUUCCUUCCAAGAUGAAUCGAAAGUCUGCCACAAUCCCAUUGGGCAGCAUGCCAUGUUAUUUUUAUUUUUAUUUUUCGUUUUAUUUUAAGAUUUGACAAAGUGUCUUGUCGUGUUACGUCUUUCACAAAACAUAGACGGCCGAAGUUCUUAAUUUAUUUGUGAUACAGUAAUUAAUUUGCUAAUUAUAUACUGUUUAUGUAUUCAUGCUA